UCUAGCAAUCCGCACAGUUCGCAUCGAGACUCCGAGCAGAGCGGCAGUCGCUCCAGUUGCAGUUGCAGAUAGAGAUACAAGUACAGAUACAUCUACAUCAACAGAUAUAGAUACAGAUACAGAUACAGAUACAGAAGCCACAGCAUAUAGCUUCUUUGGCCAACUCUAAAACUCAACCAGUGCAGGAAAAACCAGCGUGAAAAUGCCGUUUCCCAUCCAUCCGCCCAAGCAGAUGCCCUGCCCCCACUGGCAGCACUUCCCCAUCAGUCCCGUGGACAGUAAGCCGAAUCCAUUCGAUACCGUGGGCGGAGCGGCGGCAGCGGCCACCCAGGUCAACAUUGGGGUUAACAAGCCACCGGAGCCGGUAUCCUAUCGCUAUUGCUUGCAGUGCAAGAACUCCGGCAAGGAGCCAUCGAAUCCCGCUGACAGGGAGUAGUAGCCCCAAAACCGUGGAGGUGACCCAUCCCCAUCCAAGCAAUCAGCCAUCACCUGUAAUCAGCCACUUCAAUAGAGGACGCACUUGGAAGCCAAUUAAAAAGGAAAAUGAAAAUAACCGUAGUAAUCACAGAACAAAGUUUUGAUUUCACGAGAUAUAGCACCUGCUUUCUUUAUAUACCAUCCAAACAAUUCAACCAAUUUUUUUUUCUGUGCUGCUACUUCUGUUUUUCUAUAUAAAAAUGGAUCUGAGUUUAAAGCUUACGCAUAAAACGGUAUAUUUAUAUCAGAUUUCUUAAUUUAAAUCUGAUAUUUGUGAGACAGUGAACUUAGUUAAUGUGGUCUACUAUAAGCAGGUCAGGUCAGCAGAUCAAUUUUCGUAUCAGGUCCAAACGCAGCCCAAUUUUUUUCUGUGUUGUUAUUAUUUAACCUAACCUAAGCACAUGUUCCAUUAAUUUUUUUGUUGGCCAUUUACGCAGUGUUUUUUUUUCGAUGUAAUUAAGCUAAGCAUUUUGUACGUAUUUAAUUUGUAUUUAGAGCUAAAGACUACAGUUUAUACUGUUUAUGAAUUUUUUAUAUUAUAAAUGUAUAAGAGAAGCGCAAAUAAACGCACGACGCAUUUAAAAAA